CGGGAAUACGGGGCUGAAACGGGUGGGAAUGUACUGUGCAACAGAAAUGGUGGCACCAACCUUGAAUGUUUUUCCUUCUUCUUCUCUAAGACUAAGACUCGAAUUGCCCUCUCUUCUUCACUCGAAGCUCAAACAAGCACGCUUUCCGUUUCCGUCGUUCUCGCUUCAAAACCCUACCUUCCGUCCUGUUAUCUGCAGAGCCUCCGAGUCACCCACCGUUCCACCUAAGAAGCGUUCCUCUAACAACAGAAACCCUAAAAACAACAGCAAAAAGAACAGUAAGAGUAACUCUGUCACUGUUGAUUCCAACUCCAUUUCCAAUUCUUCUCUUCCGCCUCCUCUUCCCACGUCACUGCCCAAACCACCCACGGGAUUCGUCGUAGACGAACGCGGUAAAGUUCUAUCUGCUUCCAGAGACCGACUCGCCACUCUAGUUGAUCCGGCGAAUAACCUUCCCUUAGAGUGUGUCGUAAGGAGAGAGUUCAAGAGUUCUCAAGGAGAUGAUUGUAUGUUGCUCUGCCCCGCUGAUAUGCCUAUCCAAAUAUUGAAGAACACGAGCGAAGGAUGGUUGGAUGUCAGUGAUGAGGAACUUGAAUCUAUUCUGCCCUCUGCUGCUUAUGCACUUGCCAAGAUACGCUUGUAUCUGGUUCAUAGUGGAUACUGUUAUACAGCUCGUGGUGGUUUUUGUUAUUCAGAAGAGGACAUAUUUGACUUUCAUACAGAUAGUAAAGGUGAUAGCUUGCCAACCGAAGGUGUAGAAAUUGCACACUUCAGUCUGGAACAAGCACACUACAUGAUAUAUACACCAUCCGAUCCCCUUCUUUUUGUUGCUGUGAAGGAUCAGAAUGGGGUGUUGCAAAUUGCUGACGAUGAACUGCUUGAGGAUCCGGCUAUCACUAGCGCUAUAGAUGAAGAGACUGAGUUUAAUGCCUUGGUGGAGGAAGAAGCUGCGCUCCUUGAUUCACUCUUGGGUAAAAGAUAACCCCAUAUUUACUUUUUUGCAGCAGAGCUGUCCCAGCUCCCAAGACCCACCGAUGUUUUGCUUUUACGUGUUUGUUUGCAUGUUGAAGAAAGAAGCUACUUUUUGUAACUUCUUCCUUAACGCAGAUCAAAAGUUACCAAACAUGAAGUUAGUAUUUUUCCUCUGGAAUGUCCCGUCUUGGUCUGUCUGCAUAUCAACAAGUAUCUGGGGAUAGAACGGCUCCUUUUGUCUAUGUGAUCAACUUUGUAUGUAUGCCUAUGGCCUAGUUCUUGGAAUUUAAUUUUGAUACACUGUAAUGUAAAAAAUACUAUAUUGUCAAUCAAUUAAUUUCUUUUUUUAAUA